GAUGAAGUCGGAGCGGCCGCGUCCCAACACUUUCAUCAUUCGCUGUCUGCAGUGGACGACGGUGAUCGAGAGGACUUUCCACGUGGACAGCCCCGAGGAGCGCGAGGAGUGGAUCCAGGCCAUCCAGGCCGUUGCCCACAGUCUCAAGGUUCGGGAGCCGCUGUCGGAGGCGAUGGAGCUGCAGAGCGGAGCCCUGGGGAGUGAGGAGACGGAGCUGGCCGUGGGCAAAUCCCAAACCAAAGCUACCAUGAACGACUUCGAUUACCUGAAGCUGCUGGGAAAGGGAACCUUCGGGAAGGUGAUCCUGGUGCGGGAAAAGGCGUCGGGACGGUACUACGCCAUGAAAAUCCUGCGCAAGGACGUCAUCAUCGCCAAGGUGGGACCCCAAAACCUCCAUUUGGGAUGGGAUCGGGAAUUCUGACCCCAAAAUCGGGAAUGGGAAUGGGAUCGGGA